GUCAGUAUCUGGAGCAGCCAGAUGCAGGAGGAACACACAAGGAAAGAGCUAGGACACCUGAGAACUUGUCCCCUGUCUGCUGCACAGGAGUCACGGAGACAACGCACCAUGGCCUCUGAAUGUAUCCUGAUGGACCCCAUCUGUCUGGUGGAAAAUCAGAAUAAUCAGCUGACAGUAAACCCAAUAGCACUGGAGAUUCUAGACAAGAUCUCUCAGCCUGUGGUGGUGGUGGCUAUUGCAGGUCUGUAUCGGACAGGAAAAUCCUACCUGAUGAACCGCCUGGCAGGACAGAACCAGGGUUUUCCUCUGGGUUCCACAGUGUGGUCUGAAACCAAGGGCAUCUGGAUGUGGUGUGUACCCCACCCCUCCAAACCCAACCACACUCUGGUCCUUCUGGACACUGAGGGCCUGGGCCAUGUGGAAAAGGGCGACCCUAAGAAUGACUUGUGGAUCUUUGCCCUGGCCGUGCUUCUGAGCAGCAUGUUUGUCUACAACAGCAUGGGCAGCAUCAACCACCAGGCCCUGGAGCAGCUGCACUAUGUGACUGAACUAACAAAGCUAAUCAGGACAAAGUCAUCUCCCAGCUCUGGUGAAGUAGAUGACUCAGCCGAGUUUGUGAGUUUCUUUCCAGACUUUGUUUGGGUUGUACGGGAUUUCACACUGGACUUGAAGUUAGAUGGACGCACCAUCACUGAAGAUGAGUACCUGGAGAAUGCCUUGAAGUUGGUUCCAGGCGAGGAUGCCCAAGCCCAGAAAUCCAACAUGCCUAGAGAAUAUAUCAGGAAGUUCUUUCCAAGGCGGAAGUGCUUUGUUUUUGACCAGCCGACAAAUGACAAAAAAGUAUUACACUAUAUGGAGGAGAUGUCAGAAAGCCAACUAGAAUGGAAUUUUCAGGUGCAAUCCAAAAAUUUCUGUCAAUAUAUCCUUACACAUGCAAAAACCAAGACUCUGAGAGAAGAAAUCAUUGUCACUGGAAAUUGCUUGGGGACUCUGGCAAAAGCCUAUGUGGAUGCCAUCAACAGUGGAGCAGUGCCUUGUUUGGAGAACACAGUGACAACUUUGGCUGAGCAAGAGAACUCAGUGGCUCUACAGAUGGCAACCGACCACUACAGCGAGCAGAUGGCCCAGAGGGUGAGCUUCCCCACAGACACGCUGCAGGAGCUGCUGGACCUGCACACAGUCUCUGAGAGGGAAGCCAUUGCAAUCUUCAUGGAGCACUCCUUCAAGGAUGACAACCAGGUGUUCCAGAAGAAGCUUAUGGAAACCAUAGCCAUGAAGAAGGAGUAUUUCUUGCUGCAGAAUGAAGAGGCAUCUGGAAAAUAUUGCCAGGCCCAGCUUAAGCAGCUUUCAGAGCCCUUGAUGGAAAGUAUUUCAAGAGGAACUUUCUCUGUGCCUGAUGGAUACAAGCUCUACUUAGAAGCAAUGGACAAGCUUGAACAGUCCUAUAACAUGGUGCCCAGGAAAGGAGUGAAGGCACAUGAGGUCCUCCAGAGUUUUAUACAGUCACAGGCUGCAACAAAGGAAUCCAUCCUGCAGGCAGACAAAGCCCUCACUGAUGGGGAGAAGGCUCUAGCAGCUGAGCAUGCCAAGAAUUGGGAAGCUGAGAAGGAACAGGAGCUGCUAAGACAGAAACAGAAGGAACAGCAGGAAAAAAUGAAUGCUCAAGAUAAAAGCUUCCAGGAACACCUCGUCCAACUGAAGGAGAAGAUUAGGAGACAAAGUGAAACCCGCCUGAAGGAGCAGGAAAGGAUGCUGGAGCACAAGCAGAAGAUUCAAGAAGAACUACUUAUUGAGGGAUUUGAAAACGAAUCUGAGAAGAUGAGGAAAGAGAUAAAUCAAUUAAAAGAAGAGAUUCAAGAAACUGAAAACAUCUGGCCUUCAAUAUUUGUAGAGCUCUUUUAUAUGGCAGCCAGCGUACUACUCGAGCACUCCCUGGUACAAUGAAGAAAAUAGGCCAGUUUUCUUUUUUAGACAGGCUGAGAAUGUUUAGGAGAGAUAUUGUACAGGGCUCCUUAUGUUAUAAUAGCAUAACACUGUGGCUCAUUUUAUUAGUAUGUGUGCCAUGGUUAGUUUUGCCCAAGAAAAGUUUAAAAAUAAAGAGUGAUUAUCAAAAAAUACCAGGGUCUGAUGUACAAAACAAAAGAAAAUAAAACAAGCUCACUUUUGAUUGAAUUAAUUUAAAGAAAUGAAAAACAAGUUAAAAGAUGAUUUAUUCAUAGUAAAUGUUUAAGUAAGGCAGAAAGACAAAUGGUAUGAUGAGGAAAAUAUUGGCAAUCUGUAUAAUUAUUAUUUCUUUUAUUUCUUCAGCUAUAAUGAUCCUUAUGAAUGUGAGAGCAAAGAGCAACAAAGAUAUUUUUUAAAUGGGCAAAAGUAUAAGAAACAAAACAUUUAACUUUACUGAUUAUAAAGAUAUGCGAAGUAAAAGUAGAAGGUACUUGUGUCAUCUGUCAGAAGGACAUUUUGAUAGGACAUUAGGUUGGCAAAGGUUUCAGGAACCUGGCAGUCUCUCCUAUUUGCUAGGGACAAUGCAAACUGUGGCAAAUACACAUCAAAAUUUUAAGUGCUCAACAGAAAGAGUGUACUUAUUACAGCAAGAAACAGAAGUUACAAGAUGUGCAUCUUAACUUUUUUGUCCUUUGGGCCUCUCAAUAGGUCCUGGAAUUUCUCCCUAAUUUAUGUUCAGAUAUAAAGUCUACUGGGAUGUCCAUUGGAAUCAUCUCCAAGUUUCUGCCCCACAUUUAUAAAGAUGGUGAAUUAGAAGGAAAAAAUUUUUCAGGGUUAGCUCAAUACUUUAAGAAUUCUUUUCAGCGGUGUAGGGCGUAAGACCUUUGUGGUUAGAAUGAACUGCAUGUAAUUCCACACACUGUAUGUAGUCUCUUGACUCUGGGCCUUUGCACACAGGACACAGAUUUCUUAAAGGCCCAGCUGCUCAUCCUGUUCCCUUUAUUUGCCAGCUUCUGUCCCUCCUCACCACUGCUAUGUCCUGGUUUCCCGAGAUUGCAUCAGGUUUCUUCCUUGGGCUAAACAUUGUGCUUAUCUCCCAGCUACCACAGCACUUUCAUAUCAUUGCAAAAUUAAAAUGACCCGUUUACAGCUG